GCAGUGUCCUGGCGCUGGCUGUCCCCACCAUGGCUCUGCGGCGGGUGCUGGAGCUGGGGGGGGCCCUGGGGCGCCGGAGCUGCUGCUCCAAGCACCCACUGCCCCCCGACUUUGUGGAGGCCCUGAGGGCUGUGGUGGGGGGCCCCAAUGUCUCCACGGCCAUGGCGGUGCGUGAGCAGCACGGCCAUGACGAGUCGAUGCACACCUGUGCCCCCCCGGACGCCGUGGUGUGGCCCCAGGCAGUGGGGCAGGUGCAGGAGCUGGCAGCGCUCUGCUACCGCCACCGUGUGCCAAUGGUGCCCUUCGGCACCGGCACCGGCCUCGAGGGCGGCGUCACCGCCGUGCAGGGCGGCGUCUGCUUUGACCUGAGCCGCAUGGAUGCCAUCGCGGAGCUGAGCCUCGAGGACUUCUCGGUGGCGGUGGAGCCCGGCGUCACCCGCAAGGCCCUCAACAGCCACCUGCGCGGCACCGGGCUCUGGUUCCCCGUCGACCCCGGGGCGGACGCCUCGCUGUGCGGCAUGGCGGCCACAGGCGCCUCGGGCACCAACGCGGUGCGGUACGGCACCAUGCGGCCCAACGUCCUCAACCUGCGCGUGGUGCUGCCGGACGGGCGCCUGCUCCACACCGCGGGGCCCGGGCGCCAGCCCAGGUGGGAGCCGGGGGCCGGGGGCCGGGCCGGUGGGGGGGGGCAAGGGGGGGGUGGGUCCCCCACGGGCGCCCCCCGCUCACCGGCCCCGCGCAGGAAGCGGGCGGCCGGCUACGACCUGACCUCGCUCUUCGUGGGCUCCGAGGGCACCCUGGGCUUCCUGACGGGGGCCACGCUGCGCCUGCACCCCCUGCCCGAGGCCGCCGCCGCCACCACCGCCGCCUUCCCCAGCGUGCGGGCGGCCGUGGCCUGCACCGUCCAGGUGCUGCAAGCCGCCGUGCCCGUGGCCCGCAUCGAGUUCCUGGACGAGGUGAUGGUGGGUGCCUGCAGCCGCUUCAGUGGGCUGGAGCUGCCGGCGGCGGCCACGCUCCUCCUGGAGCUCCACGGCUCCCGGCACGGGCUGGCUGAGCAGCAGCGGCAGGCAGAGGAGAUCGUGCGGCUGAACGGCGGCUCCGGCGUGGCCUGGGCGGAGGGGCCGGAGGAGCGCGGGCGGCUCUGGGCCAUGCGCCACAGCGCCUGGUACGCUGCCCUGGCCCUACGGCCCGGCUGCCAGGGCUACUCCACCGACGUCUGCGUGCCCAUCUCCCGCCUGCCCGACGUGGUGGUGGAGACCGAGCGGGACCUGCGGGACUCCGGCCUCACCGGCCCCAUGGUGGGACACGUAGGCGACGGCAACUUCCACUGCCUCCUCAUCUUCGACACCCGGGACCCGGCCGAAGCCCAGCGCGUCCACGCCUUCACCCAGCGCCUGGGCAGGCGGGCGCUGGCAGCGGGGGGCACCUGCACCGGGGAGCACGGCGUGGGGCUGGGCAAGCGGGAGCUGCUGCUGGAAGAGCUGGGCCAGGAGGGGCUGGACACCCUGCGCCGCAUCAAGGCUGCGCUGGACCCCCUCAACCUCAUGAACCCCGGCAAGGUGCUCUGAGGGACCCCCCAGCCCCCUGGGAUCAGGGCUGGGGUGCCCCCACUGCCCUGCCACCCCCCCUUUUCCUCAAAUCCCCCCCACACACCUUGUGCGUCACAGACCCCCAAACCCCCAAUAAACCCCUUUGUACCUGCAGCCUCCCUGUGCCCUGAUGACUUUUGGGGGGGACAGGGCACCCCAACCCCUCCCUGGGGGGUCCCUGGCCCAAGCUGGGCACAUGCAGGAACCCCCAGGACAUGAGGAGCUGGGGGGGGGAGGACGAUGACACCCACUUUAGCCACUUCCCUAGAGCCACAGGGCUGGGAGCUCUGGGCCGUGCCGGGCACCGCCGUGGCCAUCCCCACGCCGAGGCAGAUAUGGGGAGGGGGCAGCAGCACGGGUGGAGGGCUCCAACACCCCACAGCCAUCAUCUGCUUCACGAAGAAAGCCAGUAAAAUAAAAUAACAGUGAAUAUUUUAUUGAA